AUGUCCAGCAACAGAUAUGAUGAGGAGGAUGAGACUGAGGAACAGUCUAGAGAAGCUCGUUUUCGCAGACAAAGAGAUGAGGACGAGGACGACGAAGAGGAUGAAGAGGAGGAAGAGGAGGAGGAUGAUGAAGACCAUGAACGUGGAGUUCAAAAGCACCCAAAGAAGCGUCAACGUAGGCAAAAGGCCAACCCUUUUAUUGAUUAUGAGGCUGCUGUUGAUGAAGAUGACGAAGAAGACGACGAGGAAGCUGAGGAUGGUUUUGAUCGUGAGGAAGCUGAAGAAGUUGAACGCACUUUUCACGACGAAAGCAGACAUAGAGCGUUUGAUCGUCGUGUGCAGCAAGAAGAGGACACCAACGCUGAAGCAAUCGCCGAGAGAUUUAAGCAGCGAUAUGGUCGAUCCGAAAUGUCCCGUGGUGCUUACCGUGGCGACUUGGAUCAUGUGCCUCAAAGUGUAUUGAUUCCAUCCGUCAAUGAUCCCAAGUUGUGGUUGAUUCGAUGCAAACCAGGAAAAGAAAAGAUUAUUGUCAUGCAAAUGAUGCGCAAGUUUGACGAUCUAGAACUUACUUCCAAAACACCGCUCGAGAUUUUAUCUGUUUUUAGCAGAGACUCCCUCCAAGGCUACGUUUACAUUGAAGCCAUGAAACAAGCCCACGUUAUGGCUGCUAUUCAAGGUGUUAACAAUAUAUACGUAUCCAAACUCCAACUUGUCCCUGUAAACGAAAUGGUGGACUGUUUGAGCAUCAAAGGCAAAACAUUGGAUCUUAAAACCAACGCAUGGGUACGAGUCAAACGCGGCAGGUACGACGGUGACUUGGCUCAAGUAUUAGAAGUUGCUGAAUCAGGUGAUACGGCCCUUGUGAAACUCAUUCCUCGCUUAGAGCCUGCUCGCGGUACAUUAGGUCAGGUCCAGUCACGUCGUAAAAAGGGUACAGAUGUUCGUCAACCACAAAAACUGUUUCAACCUAGCGAUUUCAACAAGCGUGAAAUCAAUGCAGGUAAUGGAGGAUACACUUACCAAGGUGACUUUUUCGACAAGGAUGGAUACUUGGAGAAAACCAUGAAGGUAACAUCACUAUUGACCGAGAUGGUGAAUCCUACAUUGGAUGAAAUCACCAAAUUUUCUGGUGGAUCAAUCAAUGAGCAAAACAACGACUUGGCACUUUUAGCGAGCGCAAAUCAAGCCACCACAGAUGAUUUUCAGAUUGGCGAAGGAAUUACGGUUAUUAGUGGUGAAUUGAAAAACGUUCCUGGCGUGAUUCAGUCGAUUGAAGGUGGUAUUGUAACUGUUAUACCCGACAAGUCUUUUGGACUGAGUGGGCCACUGCGAUACCCUGCACGAGAUAUUGCAAAACGGUUUGAAGAGGGAAACCACGUCAAGGUAGUUGGAGGCGUACACAAGGACGAAACAGGCUUGAUUGUCAAAAUUGACAACAAUGUGGUGACGAUUUUAUCUGAUACGUCAUUGAAUCCAAUCUCGGUGUUUUCCAAAGAUUUGAGAACUGCAAGUGAAGUUUCUGCUGUGGGGACUUCUUUAGGUCAAUAUGACACGCUCGAUCUGGUGCAACUUUCCGCUAGCGAUGUUGGAGUGAUUGUUAAGAUUGAAAAGGACAUAUUGUUAAUUUUGAACCAGUAUGGUAAUCUUUUGCGUGUCAAACCACAGCAAAUCCAAAGCAAACGCGAUUCUUCCAGGGCAGUAACAAGUGACUCGCAUGCUCGGCCAGUUACUGCUGGUGACCAUGUGGUUGUCAGCGAUCCUUCAUCUACAAUCAAGCGCAGCGGCACUGUGUUGCAUAUAUUUAGAUCACAUGUAUUUGUCAAGUCGCGUGAGAUAGUGGAAGACAAUGGCAUUAUUGUUGCUCGCAACUCCAAUUUAGUCGUUAUGGGUGGAAAAGUGCCCAUGCCUGCCUUUGGCAGUCAUGCACCUGGUGCAGGACGCGGCAAUGCUUACAACCCUUAUGCUGCAUCUACAGGUUUAGCGGGCCAGGGAAGAUCAGGAGGCCCUGGUGGUAUGGGUCGCGGAAGAGGUAGAGGCCGAGGCCGAGACGAGUUUGUUGGAAAGACUGUUACUAUUUGCGGCGGUCCUUACAAGGGCUACCUUGGUAUUGUCAAGGAUGCCACCGAAACUCAUGCACGAGUUGAGCUUCACACUGGCAACAAGACGAUCAACAUGGAAAAAACAAAACUCAGUAUGCAUGGAGCUGAAUCACGGUCCAUGCAAUCCCAAGUCAAUGCCGGAUACAACGGAUAUGCAGAUAGGUAUGAUCGUAACAGUAAUAUGGGUAGUCGUACGCCAAGCUACAGCGGAUCCAAAACACCCAUGUACCGAUCAAAUACCGAGUCGGCGACACCCAACCCACAUAUGGAUGGUGGACGCACGCCUGCAUGGGAUUCUGGAAGCCGUACUCCUGCAUGGAAUGCUAGUAGCAAGACACCUGCUUGGGAAGCUUCAAGUCGCACACCGGCUCGCCCAGAUUCAUUUUUUCCGGGUGCAGAUCAUAUGCCGUAUCAAAAUGCAUUGGCAGAUAAUGCAGACACGCCAUAUAUCCCAUCUACACCUGCAGUUGAUGGUAUGCAUGGACAAUCUCACAAUGUCACAGGAACACCGGGGGCUUAUCCGUCAACUCCAGCGGCACACAAUUUACCCCAAACACCAUUAGGUGGUAUAGGUGGACAGUAUCCCAACAUGGGAAGCGUGCCCAAUACUGGAUUACCGCAAACCCCUUUUGUUCCCGCAACCCCUUUCAACCCAUCUACACCUGCCAACGUUCAUGGAGACUAUUAUGGCUCACCCAAUGGUGGUAUGGACGUCCACGUAUCUGAAAACUGGCUGUGCGUUGGUAUUGAAGUGCGCAUCAUCCAAUCUCAAACUGGGCGACGAUUCCGCGAUGGACAAUAUGAUGGCCGACGUGCUGCAAUCAAAACUGUCGAGCAGGGCAACCGCAAUGCACAGAUUCUUUUUCUGGACGGUGGUGUAGACGGUCAUGGAGGAGAGGUGAUUUCAGGUGUGCCAGAUGAGUGUCUUGGGCCUAUUCAUCCAGAAAAGAAGGAAGCAUUCAAGGUCCUCAAGGGUGAAUAUCGGGAUUACACUGGCGUGUUGUUAAGUAUUGAUAUGGAGGAGGGCGUGGUAAGAUUAGAUGGCCGUAGCGAUAUUUUGAUGAUGGAUAUGUCGUCUCUUGCCAAGAUACAUGCUUCAUCUGAAUAA